AUUGGCCUCUGCCCAAAUCUGUUGGCAAAAAAACGGUAUUUCCCUCCCAAGUCUGCAGCCGGGAAGUUACCGGCUGCCUUUCGUGACUCUGCCUGUGCCGCGAUCAGGCUGCGACUGCUGGCUGCCGCGGCAUCCACCUGCCGUGGCCAGUGCGGAAGCGAGGCAGAUCGACAAGGUGCGCUGCAACUCGUCAAAGCGAUGGAGGCCCUGAACCCCACGCCGGAGCCCACCAAAGGCCUCCUGGAAGGAAAAUGGAGGCUGAUCUUCGCUUCCGAGGACGUCACGAGGUCUUCGCCCUUCUUUUGGGGCUGGCGGAGGAUGCUCGAGGGAAUUCCGGAUCCUUCGCCUUUGAGCCGGGCCCUCUUCAACACUGAGGAGCUUUCUGAAUCCAUCUUCGCCUUCACGGAUGGCAUCCCGCUGAAGAACAUCGGGGAGGCCACCCAAACUCUCUACAACGGGCAGAUCGUCAACCGAGUGGCCGUGGAGAUCUGGGGCCUGGGAACGACGGUGAUGACGACCACUUGCAGGUACAUGCCCGCAGAGGAUCCUUCUGAGCUCCUGCUGACUGUGGAGACGACACAGGCUGUGGACAACACGCUACCCCUCGCCGACCAAGUCGUCUUCCCCUCCGAGACCUUCCUUGGCGACAAUGCCCGCCUGCGGGCACGAGUAACGUACUUGGAUGAGGAUCUGAGGAUAUUCCGGAAUGAGCUCGAUGCAGAGGGCAACUGGUUGAGCAGCGAAGUGCCGGCAGAGCGAACAGGGCCGGCCUUUGUUGCGGAUCGGAUUCCGAUCUGA